AGCAACCAAAAACAGCAGCUCGCAGUGCUCUCAGCGCUUGAAUCCCCGGGAUACAGCAACCAAGGCUCCAUUGCAGCAUUUUCAAGACUUCUACAAACCCCAAGUUCCAGUCAGCGACUAAGUGUCCAUAGGCGUCAAUGCAAUGUAUUUUUGUUCCCAACGUCAACAAUGAAUCCGACUGUUGGAAACCCAGAUCUGGAAUGGUUCGAUCCCGAGCGCUUCUGUAACGAGCCGCUUUAUUGCGAGGCCACGCACACACCCGACGAUGUCCUCUACUCCGGGUCCGACGACGAGGCUUACCACAGCCCGACCGAGCGCCGCGCCCGCUGCGAAAUUCAGGCCCGACGAUUCCUGGAAGGCAAACCUGUCUUUCUACUUUCUGCCUCUCUUCGCGGCCCCUUCGACAGCAAGUCGGGCUGGGUCAAUCCUUGGCGCUCAAGGUCCUUGAAGUCCUCAUCUCGAACAAAGUCGAACCAACCCCGGAGGCGUACCCGGGUAUCAAAAAGGGCUGCGGAUUGCAAUGGAUCCAGCGGCGUCGUCAAGUCCAGCAUUGACCCCCUCUGCUCCUUCGAGAGCGCGCUACCUCAAGACAAUGCGACACAUGAAGCUUACAUAGAUGAUGAGACGUUCAGCAGAGUUUGGAAUUGGCGGGACAAGGUCGUUGCGGCCCAAGAGACUCCGCAGACGGAAGUCUCGUCACCGGACUCAAAACUGGCAACGCAAGCCACGGUUCCAGAAUUGCCUGCUGCAGAAAACGGGCCCACAAGUAGCCCGUCACCUGUCACACCAACCGUGGUUAGAAAUACUAGCAAACGACACAGUUCGGUACAAGAAGCCGAAGAGGCGUCGCCUCGGCCGCAGGUCAACGAGGAUUCAACCCAAACGCCGGCCAGAAACCAUAUAGCCCAGCAUGUGGAGCUGUCAGCUACAGCAAGGGACCGAUGUCUGUUAGAUGUCGGCGACCUUUCUCCACCUGCUGCGCAACUUUACGCGGAGUUCGUUCUGUCGAGAACCGGAAGGAGUAGUAUCCCUUACACGGAGGAGGCUGAAGCGCACGACUCACCAUCCAGAGCACCUCCAAUACCGACACUGGCAGAAAAGGAGAAUAGGGAAGCCAGAAACGUCAGCACACCCAGCGGAGGUCUCCCGGAAGCAACGGUAUCUUCGGUCAAGGUUAAGACACAGCUAAGCGCCCGCACGGAUGGCAGCUUUCGCUACAAACGCAAGGAUCGCCAAGAGAUGCUCAAAUCGUCUCGAGUUACCACCAAGUUGUCCGGUCUGCAAUCUGCAAGUGAGGACUCAGGACAGCGGCCAAACUCCAGAGACCGUCCACCCAUGGAGGGCAAGGAGACACUUAACAGUAAUCAGCCGACGGAGGCUCCAAGUUCUCCGCUGAGCAGCGCACCGACUAGUGUCCAAGAAGUUAUUACUGCUACGGCCGAGGCUGAAGGGCAGCCGACGCCCGAAAACCUACCUGGUCCAGAACCUGGCCAAACAGCAGAACCGGUGAAUGGCCAGCCGCCAGAACCGGGCGUUCAUUCUGGAGAAGGGCAGUAUGAUGCUUCUGAAACAGCUUCACAAGUCGACGGACCGACACUAGUGUGUUCCGGGUCCUCGUUUGACUCUGAACAUCACAGCACGCCCAGCCUCGGGAACUUUUCAUUUGAGAAGCACUCUCAAGACGUUGUUUCGGAAGCAAUUGGGUCUCCCAGAAGACUGCUUUGGCCCAAAUCACAGAGAAGGAUUGACAGUUAUGAUUCGCCAAUGCCAAUGUUCGGCCUGGGCCAAGAACGUACUCCUACCACGAAUGAACUGCAAGCUGUCGCACCUAGCCACGACUGUUCCACCCGAGAGGAUUCUGAAAUCGGGUCUGAACGUGCGAGUGGAGAUGAAGAAGUUUUAGUGCCGCACGAAGGCCAACCGACAGUCAGCUCGAAACAGGUCCUGACCCCUAUCCCUGGUGACAUCGUCCAAGAACAGGCAGAACCCAUGACGGGAGAAGGUGUAGAAAGCGAUCGGCAAAGCGAAAAGGGGGAGGAGGAUCUGCAGGAGCAUACAUGUGCUGAAAUCAGUGACAACGCUGAAGCCGAAAUCGAAAUGCAGCUGGAGUUCGAAAGCUCGAAGGCGGAAAUCCAAAGUCCGUGGGCAAAGGAAGACGCGCAGCCUCUCCCUAGAGUGGACGACGUCGGCACCGCUGGAAAUGGCGGAAUUAGGGAGAAAACAGAUCUUGUGGAUACCCAAAGCCCCUGGACGAAGGAUAUGGGCCUUACCUCUCACGCCACAGAGGUCGCAGAGCAGCUGCCUCUCCUUGAUCUCGCUGCCCUGAAACUGAGUUUCACCGCUAGCAAAGCACUCGAACUGGCAGCCUCGCAGAGCCCCUGGGCAAGAGGCGAUUCGCAGCUCCAAUUACAACAUGCAGCAUUCAAUCCUCUAUCCUCACCCGCCAACAGCGCGGUGCUACCGACGGCCACCCAUCCGGUCUCUCCCUUUCAGGACACGACUCCUGAGGAGGACAUUGAGAUGUGCAAUUCCCAGCUGUGCCCUCUUCCCCCCUCUACCCCGGAAACGAAGCAGUCGGGCCUGCCAACGCCAGAUUUCACCUUCCCGGUCAAGUCCUUCAGGGACUUUAUGACCCCAUCUCCCGAGCGUCCUGCGAAGAAACGGCGAAUCUCCGCCCAUUCCGACAGCCAUCUUCCAAGCACCCAAGCUCUCCUGGACGCUGCCGUGUCCAACCCUUGGACUGGGGAUUCAAGUCCACAACCCAAGAGAGCAAAGAAGCAUGUCUUCUGGGCACCACUCCCAGAUGAAGAAGGCAACCCUGCCGUCAGCCCAGAUACUACAACUGACCCGAACUCAAACUCAGACUCACCCUUGAAUUCACCAACCAACACCGACCUCCCACCGAGCAGUGGCAGUGGCGGUGGCAGUAGAACUGUCAAUAGCAUCACCAAAUCCAAAUCCAAAUCCAGACCCCGUGCCCGUCCUACUUCAAGGCCUGGUUCCCCACCACCUAGCAUUCUAAUCACGUCCAAACUCCCGACCGACACAAACCAAAAGUUUGCAAAACACUUUGCUGCCGUGUUGGCCAACCGCCGCGUUACUGGUGCUUCUGCUGCUGCUGCUGCUGCUGCUGCUGCCACCCAAACCCAGACCCAGACACCCCAGCGUCCUCCUCCUCCGCCGCAAAGAAUACGACGGCUCCUGCCCAGCGAGUCGCAACAGGUCUGUCCCAGCCCGGCCUUUGACGCCAUGGCUGAGGCAUUUCGGCGCGCUGAUUCUGUUGCUGGUGCUGAUGGUGAUGGUGAUGCGGAUGUUUGCCACCGUGGAGGCGAUGGGAGAUUUUGUCAGGGGCUGGAUGCCAAUGGUAAGCAGGAGCAGGGGGGUGAUCUGGAUGUGGAUGUGCAUGCGGAUGCUGGAAUGGAUAUGGAUAAGGGGGUGGAUGUGGCUGAACCGUUGCCAUUGCUACAAAUACACCCACUGUCGCUUUCACAGUCACGGCCACAGUCACGACCAUCCUCCUCACAAUCAUCAUGCGCGUCGGAGGAGAAUCAGAAAGGGACAGAGGAAGCUAGCCGGCUGGAGGUCGAUGUUCAACCCGACGGAGAAGAAAGUCACGGAGAAGGGGAAGUGUCACAGGAGCAGCCGAUAGACGACGUCAGCGCCGUCCUGGAAAACCUGGACGAUUUCAUUGGCGGUAUCUGGGAUCUGGAUGCUGAGCUCGCCAGCAUGAGGACGAGCGCGAGUGCUCAGAAGCGGCGGCAGGCCCAGGGGCUUCAAGAGCGUGAGGGGAUGGGGGUGGUAAUGUCCGGGGCCAGUCUAGACGGGCAUGAAGAAGGGUUGAUUGAUGUCGGCGUCUGGGACUGACUUGCACUUGACUUGACUUGUCCUUAUGGUAUAUGGCCUCGGGCUAUGUCGCGAUGUUGGCCCACUCCUCUCUGUCCUGUCCUGUCCUGUCCUGUCCUGACGGUUU